AUGCCAGAGUUCUCUUUACUAACAGAUGUUGUUAUAGUUGGAUCCAAUCCUAACGUUUCGUUUUACGCAUGGAGAUUAUACCAAGUGAAAUCAGUUGAAUUAACCAUUGUUGACUCACAAUUUGAAAAGACAAGACCGAUUAACUGGAAAUCAGCACUGUUGGGCACAAGCCUGUAUUCACCACACGAAGCCUACUCAACUAUCCAGGAAUUACCCAGUCACAAGAGAUAUGAUGUUGUCAUUCUUAGUUGCAACUCAUUGCAAGAUUUCCAAGCCACUUGUUCUGGCUUGAGCAAAAUCAUUCAUGACAAAACUAUAAUUCUUGUUGAGAGCACUGGUUACAUAAACUUAGAACCAUUUGUUACCGCCAGUUUUUCCAAAGCAGCAGCUUCGUCAUUGUUGGUUAUGUCUAUCAUGAAUGAAUGUGACGUACGCAAAACAUCAAGAAAUACUCUUGUUCAUCAAGUCAGAAACAAGGAUUCAAGAAUCUAUUUUGGUACUUCAUCAGGAAGUCCAAGCAAAUUGGCAUCUCACCCUAGUUAUCAAAAAAUGUACAAACUUUUGCAACAUAUUCAGGAGAACAGCAAUGGCGCAAUCAGUUUGCUCAAAUCAAGCAAUCCAAAGGAAUUUAUGACAUACCAAUGGAAAUUGGCUUUACCUCGUAUUGUGUUUGACCCAGUUUUGGUUUUAUUUGAAAUUGAAUAUCCCGAGUUACUAAAGAGUCAAAUCUUGUCGAAGCCAUUGAUUACUGGACUAAUCAAUGAGCUAUUCAAGCUUAUCAAGAAAAUGGAUUGCAAGUUGGUCAAGGGAUUUGAAAACGAAGCUAAUUUGUUGGAAAGUUGGUCGCAAUAUUAUCCAGCAGUUAAAUCAAAUGACCAUUACGUCAAUUCGCCAAAGUUAUUUUACAAUUUCUACCACAGAUUGGAUCUUGAACUUGAUUUGUUGUUGUUACAACCAAUUUUGUUGGGGGAUGAUAAUGGGAUCAGGACGCCAUACUUGGAGAACUUGUAUUCAAUCAUGUGUCAAUUUAACAAGAUUAACCACAAGUCAUCGUCAAUAUUUUUCAAGCGUAAACUUGCAGAUGAACCUGAUUCUGAAAGAUUGGUUACGGCAAAACAAUUGGAAGAAGAAAUUGCUUCAAAACAACUCAAAAACCAAGAAUUGGACAAAUCGAUUAAGGAUUUCGAAGUGUCCAAGAUUAGUAUUGAUAAUGAUGUCCGUAAGCAACAACAAUUUUUGAAAUCACUCCAACAACAAAUCAUCGAUGCUGAAUCAAAAUUAUCAAAUUUGCUGUAUGAGUUUGAAAAGAAGUCAAGAUCGUUGGAGAUGGAACAUGACGCUAAAUUCAAAUCUUUACACCAACAAUAUAAUGACAGAGUGAAGGAUUUAGAGUCCAACUUUGCCAAACAAAGAAUUGGCCCUAAUGAAAACAGUCCACCAUUGUCGAUUCCAAUGCAACAACCAACUCCUUCUCAAGAUGACCAGGCGAGACCAAAUGGUUAUAGAGAAUCUGUCAUGAGUCAGGAUGGAUUGGCUGACUUCAAGCACAUCAUUCAAUACAAUGAUGUUGUACCAAAUGGCUCCACUGAUACACCUAAAUUGCAACCGCCAAUGCAACCAAGUCAGGGCCAAAGUUCAGAAAAUUUUGUUGACGCAGGCAGCGGCAACAACACUAAUGACUUACCACCGCAUAUACUUCAAAAGGAAUUGGAAUUAAAGAGUCGAGAGGAAGCAUUGAGAGCCCGCGAGGAGAGAAAUGGAAGUGUGGGGGGAUAUCCUCAACAAGCCCAACGCACGGGAGGUGGGCAGUAUCCUCCACAACCAUCAUACCAACCAAAUGGCUACGGUCCUCCAUAUAAUGCGCCACAGCAACAACCACAGCAACAACCACAGCAACAGCCACAACAACAAUAUCAUCAUCAACAUCAAAGCCUGUACUAUGGACAACCUGGCUACAUAAAUGGUGCCCCAAAUGGAUACUCCGACCAGCAGCCACCUCAUGGUUUGCCAAGUGGUGGGAUGCCACCCAAUCAGUUCCCGCCAAAUUUGAAAACUAAUGGCUCAAUGGCAAACAUGAAUGGAUACCCACCACAACAUCACCAGCAACCGAUGCAACCGCAACAUAGUGGCUUUAACCAACCACCACGUAGAUUGAGCUCAAUGCCAGGAGGAAUCAACAACUACCAAGAUUUCCAACAACAACACCAGCAACAAAUGCACUCACAUUACGGAAACUCACCCAGUUUCAACAAUGCAGCCCCAAUUGAUCCCUUCAUAGAGCAACGGUUCAGGACAGCCAAGAGGAGCAGCAAUCGUCGUUCACAAAUGCCAAUGAUGGGAAAUAUUGAUGGUGUAGAUAUGGGUGGUCGUGGAGGUAUGCCCUUGCCUGGUGCCAGCAGGAAGUCCAUGGUUCAUCAAUUCAAUUCUUCAUCAUUACCGCCAUUACAACAAGCAAGAAGAUCAUCCAGCAAUCCUCUUUUGGUGAACAAUCAGCAACCACAACAACCACAGCAACCACAGCAACCACAGCAACCACAACAGCAAUACUUGCAACCUCCAAUGCACCAAUCGCUGUCACACGUGGAAAGUGGACCUUCUCAAUCCAAUGGGCACUUACACCCACCAAACAUGAAUAGCUCAUCUUCGUCAACAAAUACUAAUGACACUCCACAUACCGCUGGUGACAAUGACAGUAAUGUCAAGUUACAGGUUCCAGUGACUGUAGACUACAAUCAGAAUGCCAAACCUUUGGGAGGCAUAGCUGAGCUGAAUAAAGAAGGCGGUGAGAAGAAGAAGAAAAAGAGGGGAAUUUUUGGAAAGUAG